CGCGCUAGAAGUUUUGCCAAGUUCGCGCGUGCGCCGAGCGUUUCGGAGCUGUUCAAGUUGCUGCUGCUGCUGCUGCUUUAGUUGCGCUAGUAAGGAAGUUGCAAAUGGAGUCUGGCUCUGGCGUGGAAGAAGAAUUACAACUCAGACAUGUUGAGAAGGAUGUUUUGAUUCCCAAAAUGAUGAGAGACAAGGCCAGAGAGCUAUGUUCAGACAAAGUGCAAGCCUUCACCAAAUGUUGUCAAGACUCAGGCUUUCUGAUGGUGGUAAAAUGCAGAGAGGAAAACACAGCCCUGAAGGAGUGUCUCACUGCCCACUAUACCAACCCAGCAUUUUAUGAAGAAUGCAAGACUGAAUAUUUAAAGCAAAGGGAAGAGUACAGAAAAACAGGAAUUCGUCCUUGUCAGAAGGAACAGAGAAUUCCUACCAGUAUGUAGCCAAUUUUGAAGCGUUUGGCAGUAUUUUUUUUAACUUGAACUGUAUAUGCCUUUCAAUGAUGUAAUAAUUUAAUAAAAUGUUCUAUUUUUAAAAUCUGA